ACUUGCUCAGUAUACCUGGAACAUUCUAGAGCAACAUGAACAGACAUUGGUCUGGACAAUCUGCUAGGCCUAAGAAACCAUGGAUUCGUGGCGAUGCUGGAGCAUUCUCGAUCCAGCUUUUGAAAUGGGGACAAUACCAGGGCUCUUGAAUGUGGCGGAACUAUAUGGAUACGAAUUAUUUUUCCUUGCCCACUGAUCUUGCCUUCUUGCUCGAACACCAGUAAAACGAGUCUAGUCUUUCGUUCAAUGGUUCAAGGGGCCGAGAUCAAACGAUUGUUCAAUAUAUACGAGCGGCCAGCGAGGAGUGCGGAAUCUGUUUGUAUCUGGCAAACAUCGAACGGAAGUUGAGUGGAGAUUACCAGCUUUUUGAUGGAGACGACCUUGAAUCCAUGGUGCACAGCGAUCUGGAGACAAUUCACGAAAUAGUGGGACGCAAAUCCGAGAGAAUGCCAUUGACAAGAGUUGUUGACUUGGAUGGUCAUCAGGUUGCCGAGAAGUUGAAUUACGAUGAAAGCUUUUUCAUUCGAAGCGUACCUUUCAGAAUGUCAAAGCCCGGCAAGGAGGAGUAUGCUGGGUAUAAUAAACACAGGAAUGGGUUUACUGCACAUGUCUAUCCACCCCCAAAUGCCUCAGAUGACCGGGAUCACGAGAAGCAGAUAAUGACGAUGAUUGAUUGUCUGAUUGACGGUAUCGAGCGAGGCUGCAUGCAGAUGCGAGACAUAUCACAAUCCCGCACAUCUUUUCGACGAUGUCUACAUGCCACUUCUGAAAAUUAUUCUUGCAAUAUUGCAGGAAAAGGCAUCAAGGUAGAAGGUUCGCCAUUCCAGCAAUUGUUCCGGCGAAUCCCGAGUCUUUACAUUGUUGAGUACGUCGGAAAGGAGCCAGCUGCUCAACCGAAUUGGGCUAGGACACCUGUGGAUUGCGACUGUCCGCAUUGCCACUCUCUCAACGAAUUUCUGCACAACCCAACGGAGAUAUCUCGACGAUUUGAGGGUAUUUCCGAAGUACUUGAGCACAUUUCGAACGCUGCCACAUUUUGGACGCGUUGUGAUUGCGAAGGCGACGAAAAAGAGUUCUCUUUAACAGUCAUGACGACCACGAAAGAUUACGAAAGGGACCACAAGGGAUGGGCGAAAGGUUACGGUUCAGCUCGGAAGCACUUGGCAGAGCUUCAAUCGGAGACUCUCAGAAACCUUCUCGACGAUAUGUAUGGCAGCAUCAUGAGUUUAUGUGCGACCGAGCUGCGACCUUACCUCGACAAUCCGCAUGACUGGAAGCCCCCGGCUGCCUUGUUGGUGGAGGAAGAUGGUGCGGCUAGCAAUUUCUCGCUCGAUUCUGCCAACAGCGCGCUGGAAAACCAGUCCUCAUCUUCAUAUGUCCUAUAUGCAAAUACUGGCACGAUUUGCGCUCAAUACAACUUCUCAGACACGUCAAACACACAACCCAAUGUUGUAUCGAGCGAUUCAGAGCCCGUGGAUAGCUCAAAGGAAAAACUGAUUUCGCUCGCGGAGAAGAAGGCGUUCUCGGAGUCAUCGGAUCUCAUCGAUCUCGAUUUCUAG